CAGAAGGGAGAUUUUCCCCUCGACACCGCUAACUGCUGCAUCGCUGUUAUUCGGUAAUUAUUUUCUGCUGCCAUAUGGUACUGCACCAAAUUCACUACCUGUGCUUCCCUUUCUUGGAAAACUGUGAAGAAUUAGAAACCAUGUCAUGCCACGGUGAUUGUCUGGAAAUCAAAUUCAACCAAAUCUUUUACUGAAAUACCAGUCUUGUACAGUUUUAAUUUCUGAAAUGUGUUGAGAAUAAAUGUUGCAAGCAAUUUCUCUACAGCUGAAGUUAUCUAAGAACAUACGUAGUAAAUGAAACCAAUGUUUUAAUAUAACUAAUGGAAGAUAUUUUUUAUAUUCUAAAAAAAAAAAGAGCAUUGCUUUCCACUGCUAUAUAAUUACUGCAACUAGUACAAAUAAUAAUAUUAAUUUUGGUGCACUUGGUACAAUACCCUGACCGUUACCUAAAACACUGAAGCAUACUAGAAUUGGCUACAUACAUUGUCAAUCUGCAAAAAAGUUUCAUCCUGUGUGAAUCUUAAGAAAGGUUUUUUAAGAUGUGAGGAGACUUGUUGCCAACAUUCAGAAUCCCUGCUAAUUAGUAUGUAACAGCUUUUGAAUAGUAAUAAAUUUGCAUUUGAUUUACCAUUUGUGUUUUGAAAGUCAACUCGUACCUUUGUGCUGCCUGAAGGGAAUUGUAUCCCAACCCUGAGUUUAUUUAUUCCUGCCCCAUUUGAAAUAUUUGAUUCGUUGAUUGUCAGAUAAAGAAUGGAAGGUCCCGAUACUCCUGAAGACCCUACUAAAACUUAUUUGUGUCAAGCUUGCAACUUAAAUUUCAAAGACUUUCACGAAUGGAAACUCCACCUGACUACUCAUCCAAUCACCAAGUACGAUUGCAAUUUCUGUUUUUCUUCUUAUUCAAACAAAACGGAUUUCUGGGAACAUAUCAAAACUCAUACCAACUCUUCAACAGCCGUCAAAUAUUUUUGUUCGAAAUAUCCACUGGAGAUGAAAGAACAAACAGCAGAGGAAGAAAGUGAGCAAACUGGCCCCGAAAAAGGGGUUGUUGAAGCUGACACUGGUACAGAACCAUUAAAAACGAAUUCUGUUAGUAAUUUGGACGCUACGGCAGAACAUUCCGUAAUGUCUGUUGAAGAAGAAGAACCAGUCAUGGCUACUGAUGUUGAUCAACUUGAUGGUGGUAAAACUGAUGAAGAUAGUAAAGCUGAUGAUGAAGAUGAUGAAAAUUUUGAUGAUGAAAGUCCUGAUGAUGAAAAAACCAAUAAUGAUCCCCAAUCUGCAGAUGCCGCAGCAAAGCAGUGCAGAUGUCAAUUCUGUGACAAGUCCUUCCCUAGUGCCUUCUUGUUCAAAGUACAUUUAAAGAAACACUGUUUGCCCUUAACCUAUCUACAGGUAAAAUGUCUCGGGGAGUCAGUGUCUCUAGGAAUCCUUGUUGGUAAAUCUGACUAAUGCCAAAAGAAUUAUGGCAGAUACAACUGUUGGGUAAAUUUUAUAUAUAUCUUCUGCCAGCUGGUAGAAUGGACACACACCACAAAAAUAAUACCUAUUGCUAAUUGCAGUAAAACCGACACAAAUCUGUCUGUUGGUAGAAGAGGGCAAUAUAACAAAUACAGCUACCUGUUGGUAGAUAGGACAGUACAGCAUAUACAGAUGCAUCUACCAGUUGGUAGAAUGGAGUACAUAAUACCCAAAUAUUUCAUUUCUGGCAGAAAUAGCGAGACAUCUGGCAAAUGUUUCUACCAGUUGGUAGAAAGGACAGUACAGCAGAUACAAAUGUUUCUACCGGUUGGUAGAAAGGACAGUACAGCAGAUAUAAAUGUCUCUACUGGUUGGUAGAAAGGACAGUACAGCAAACACAAAUGUCUCUACUGGUUGGUAGAAAGGGCAGUACAGCAGAUACCAACGUUUCUACCGGUUGGUAGAAAGGACAGUAUAACCAACUGUAGCCAUUCACAGUAUUCCAACAAAGACUUUGCAUUUGAUCCCUAUGGGAUUAAUUAGCACCAGUAAUAAAGUCCUGUUGAGCAAUUUAUAGUCCAAUGAUCAAUCAUUGUAUUUUAUUGAACAUCUCAGGAUUGAUUUUAAAAACAUUUUCCUGAACAAUUUUCAUUUUUUAAAUAGUUUUCAUUUCUUUUGCAAUAAAAUAAAAUAAAAUGAAA